AUGAAAACAUUUGUUCCCGAGGCUCUCCUCCUGCUGCUGGCAGCCACCCUGGCUCUGACCAGGCAUCCAGAGGGGUCACACUCGAUGUACUAUUUCCAAACUCUCCUCACCUGGCCUGGCCUCAUGGAGACUCAGUUCGUCAUGGUUGCCUUUGUGGAUGACAUGCGGUUUGAAAGAUUCAACAGCAGGGCACAGCCUCCCAGGAGGGAGCACUGUGCGCUGUGGGUGGAUCAGCAGAGGCCAGAGUAUUGGGACGGGAGGACACAGCUGACCCUGGAACAAAGCCAAAUGUUCAGAGAAACGCUGAAGGAAAUGCUCCACGUCUACCAACUUAGUGAAACUGGAUAUCACACAAUCCAGAAUCUGUAUGGCUGUGAUUUGCUGUCUGGAUCAUACUCCAGUCACGGACAAUAUGAAUUAACCUUCAAUGGCCACGAUUACAUCGUCCUGAACGAGGACCUCAGAACCUGGACCUCCAAGGGCAAGGCAGCUGAGAUGCUCAGGCGUAAGUGGGAGGAGUCAGACUUUGCACAAGCAGUCAAGACUUACUUGGAGAAGGAAUGCCUGAAGCUGCUCCUCACACAGCUGGACUAUGGGAAGGAGAUUUUGCUGAGAACAGAUAUCCCACAAGUACAUGUGACUCGUAAGAUCAUAGCGAAUGGGAAAAUCACCCUGAGGUGCUUGGCCCUGAACUUCUACCCUGCUGAGAUCACCCUGACCUGGCAGAGGGAUGGGAGCAACCAGACUCUGGAUAUAGAGCUGGUGGACACCAGGCCUGCAGGGGAUGGAACCUUCCAGAAGUGGGCGGCUGUGGUGGUGCCUUCUGGGGAGGAGCAGAGAUACACAUGCCAUGUGCACCACGAGGGGCUGCCUGAGCCCCUCACCCUGAGAUGGGAGCCUCCUCAGCCCUCGGUCCCCAUCAUGCCAAUUGUUACCGGCCUGGUCCUUGGAGCUGUGCUGAUGGGAGCUGCGGUGACUUUUCUGAUGUGGAAGAGGAGGAGUAAAGGUAAGAGAAGGGCAGGGUCUGGGUUCAUGUCUCUGUGGGUUUAUCUAGCCCAAGCUGAGAGUGUUCCUUGCCACAUGAGAGCCAAGUUUCACCCACACAGCUGCUCAUUCUGUUUCGUGCUGAUGCUGACACGAACUCCAGUGUGA